CUGUGGUGUACAAUGGAACAGCACUCUCAGCAAUCAGAGAUCCUUCUCCCACUGUACAUCUUCCCUGACCAAGGGAAAUGGGACCCGCUCUAUGCAGCAAUCGAAGCCCAUUCCUCUCUUCCCUUCACCAUAAUCAUCAACCCCAACAGCGGUCCUGGCUCACCCCCAUGGUGGCCUAACGCCGACUACGUCCGUGAGCUUACCCGCUUGGUUACCUACCCCAACGUGCGUCUGCUAGGUUAUGUAGCCACUGGGUAUUGCAAACGAUCCAUCAACGACGUUUUCGCCGAUGUGGACGCUUAUGCGAACUGGGAAAGCACGAUAGGAGUGCGGCUUGCUGGCGUAUUUUUCGAUGAGACUCCAAACUUGUGGUCGGAGGAGGUAGGGGAGUAUUUAAGCAAGAUCACGGAAAGGGUAAAGAAGUCUCAGGGGUUUGGAGAGGCAAGGAUGGUCAUACAUAAUCCAGGCACGUCUGUUGAUUCUCGUGUGGCAAACACCGGACCAGACGCCAUUGUGGUUGUAGAGGAGUCGUAUGCAAGAUUUCGUACGGAGGAGUAUCAGAGAUGGCUAGCUACGAAUCCUUGCGAUAGAGAGAAGAGCUCUUAUAUUCUGCACUCCGUUCCUCGAAAGGAGAUCGAGGGUUUGGUUAUGGAGAUGAAACAACAGGCCAAGUUUCUGUUUGUGACGGAUCUAACAUCGGGUUUCUACGCGAGGUUUGGUGAAAGCUGGGACGUAUUUGUCGCACUUAUGGCCGGUGGUGAUAUGGGAAGGGGAGUCAAGGAAGCGGCCCAGGACAGGAUCUAGGAAACAGGAAAUGAAGUCCGC